AUGGGUAUUCCCACCAAUCCAAUUUCUGAGACCAUAGCAGAUUCAUCCGGUGCUGAGGCAGUUCCUCCUGAGCUUACUGCUCUGAUUUCUCAAUCUGGUAAAUUCUCUCGACAUUCUAAGAUUGAUUUUCCUCGAUUUGAUGGCAAUAACCCAAGGGGUUGGAUUCGUAAAUGUGAAAGAUAUUUUCAGUUGAAUAUGGUUGUUGAUACUCAUAAAGUUGAUUUAGCCUCAAUUCACCUUGAUGGUAGAGCUGAUUCAUGGUUUUUAGACUAUCAAGAAGGUAAACCUAUAUUAGAAUGGUCUCGAUUUGCUUCUGAUAUUUGUUUUCAUUUUGAAGACAUAGCUUCUGAUAACUAUGUAGGAAGUUUUAACAAAUUAUCUCAGCUCACAACUGUAGAAGAGCAUGUUCUGUCUCCACUUACUACCCCUCCAAAACCACCUUUCUCCAAUUCUAAACCAUUUGUUACCCUUCCACCAACACCCACUAAAUUAGAAAACUCACUUCCUCCUAUUAAACGACUUACCCCAGCUCAAAUGAAGGUUAGAAAAGAGAAAGUAUUAUGUUACAACUGCGAUGAAUUUUAUAAACAUGUCCACAUUUGCAAGACUCAGAAAUUGUUUAUGUUAGUUGCUUCGAAAGAUAAUAGUUCUCCAUCAUCGGUAGAGGAGCUUGAAGAUGAUAAUGCUUCUCCACCAUCAUCGUCUUUGGAUUCUCCUAUGGAGAUUUCGCUCCAUGCUUUAACAGGGUUGGUUACGCAUAAUACAAUUAUAGUGCCUGGUCAUUUACAGUCUCGAGAUAUCUUCAUUUUGAUCGAUACUGGUAGUACCCAGAGUUUUGUGGAUGCCGAGUUGGCUGAGCAACAACAACUGCCAGUUUCCCCUACUGGUCACAUGCUGGUGACGGUGGCUAAUGGUGAUACUACCAUCAACAAAUAUUUUUGUCCUAAUCUAGCCUGGAAUAUGCAGGGAUACGACUUUGUCAGUGAUUUACGCAUUUUACCACUUGGAGGCUGCGACAUGGUUUUUGGAGUCGAUUGGCUGAAUCAGCUUGGUGAUAUUAUAUUCAAUUUAGCUGAGCUCGGGAUUUCCUUCUUUUAUCAGGGCCAACACAUAACUCUUCAGGGGAGUUCUUCUUUACCCACUUGCAAUAUGAUUAGUGGUAAUAAUUUUUUGCAGUUUCUCAAGGACAACACCCCUGCAUUUAUUGGUCAAUUCUUUUCUAUAUCAGCUGUACCUCUUGAAUUAAUUCAUCCUGGCAUUGCUACUGUUGUAGAGUCUUUCUCAGAUGUUUUUUAUUCCCCUACAUCUUUACCACCACAAAGGGUAUUAGAUCACAAAAUACCAUUAAAGCCCAAUUCUGAACCUCUCAAAGACCAUAUAGAUGUCCUCACUUGCAAAAGACAGUGGUGGAGCAGUUGGAAAGUAAAUGACAUGACAAUCAAAGAUAAGUUCCCUAUUCCUUUGAUAGAUGAUCUGUUAGAUGAGUUAAAUGGUGCAAUCAUUUUUUCUAAAAUUGACUUGAAAUCUGGUUAUUAUCAAAUCUUGAUGGAUAUAACUGACAUUCAUAAAACUGCUUUCAGAACCCAUCAAGGACAUUAUGAAUUCAAGGUUACGCCAUUUGGUUUAACCAAUGCUCCUGCCACUUUUUAG